AUGCAACGUUAUUCGGCAGUUGUUGCCAGAAACUACCUGGUGCGGGCGUUUUUGGACAGCAAGAACAUGAAACCUGGGGACAAGUUGUUGGAGGAGAUUGAAGGAGCGAUUCGUAAUUGUGAAGUGGGAAUCGCGGUGUUCUCGCCGCGGUAUUGUGAGUCAUAUUUUUGCCUGCACGAACUUGCCCUGAUGGUGGAGAAGAAGAAGAAGAUCAUCCCCAUUUUCGUCGAUGUACGGCCCUCUCAGCUUCGUAUAGAAUACAACCAAAGCUGCCCCGAUAAAGAGUUGCAGAGAUUCAACUCCGCACUCGGUGAAGCCAAAUACACCGUCGGCCUCACUUUCAACUCCCUGACGGGGGAUUGGUCGGAGCUGCUGAGGAAAGCUUCAAACGCCGUCAUUGAUAAUCUGAUCGGCGGUGAAGCGGGAGAGAUGCCAGAUAAUUAG